UCUCACACGCCAGUGUUGUGAUUCUGUUCGCGCAUGCGCUGUGCGUCUCGUUGUUAGCGCGCAGUUAGGAGUCGUAAAUGGAGUCAAGCGGUCACGCUGACGCGAUAACGUGUGAGGUGUUAGUGUUAUGGUGUGAGAACGCGAUUUGUGAGCAGGAGAGUAGUGUUAGCGUGAGUUAAGAGGUUGUUGUGUAAUAACUUAGCUUAGUGUUGUAUCGCAGCUAGUUAGUUAGCUUGUCGCUAGCAUAACUGCUACAGCGCAGUGAGGUGAGCUCGGGCUUGCCGUUCUCCUGAAGGCCUGGCUUUAGCUUAGCUUAGCUUCCGCUAAUUAGCAAACAAUUUGUAAUAACUCUUGAUUCCUGUGUGGUUUUGAAGGCCACAGAGCACAAGAUAUGGCCGACGAGAACGCCGUUGCGAUGCAGCAAAUGUUGGACAGGAGUUGCUGGGUGUGUUUUGCCACAGAUGAGGAUGACCGAACUGCUGAGUGGGUGCGGCCGUGCCGAUGCCGUGGCUCGACCAAAUGGGUGCACCAAACCUGCCUUCAACGCUGGGUGGAUGAGAAGCAGCGAGGCAACAGCACAGCACGUGUGGCCUGUCCUCAGUGCAACGCCGAGUACCUCAUUGUCUUCCCCAAGCUGGGGCCCGUUGUGUAUGUGCUGGACCUGGCAGACAGGCUCAUCUCCAAGGCGUGCCCGUUUGCUGCAGCUGGCAUCAUGGUGGGCUCCAUCUACUGGACAGCAGUCACGUAUGGAGCGGUCACGGUGAUGCAGGUGGUUGGCCAUAAGGAGGGGCUGGACGUGAUGGAAAGGGCUGAUCCACUGUUCCUCCUUAUCGGGCUGCCCACCAUCCCAGUCAUGCUCAUUCUGGGAAAGAUGAUACGUUGGGAGGACUAUGUGCUGCGUCUAUGGAGGAAGUAUUCCAAUAAACUGCAGAUCCUCAACAGCAUCUUCCCAGGGAUUGGUUGUCCAGUUCCCAGAAUCCCUGCCGAGGCAAGUCCGUUAGCCGAUCAUGUAUCAGCCACUCGGAUCCUGUGUGGCGCGCUGGUGUUUCCCACCAUUGCCACCAUCGUGGGCAAGCUCAUGUUCAGCAGUGUCAACUCCAAUCUGCAGAGGACCAUCCUGGGUGGAAUUGCAUUUGUGGCUAUUAAGGGUGCGUUUAAGGUAUACUUCAAACAGCAGCAGUACCUCCGCCAGGCCCAUCGCAAGAUCCUCAACUUCCCCGAGCAGGAUGAGGCUUGAGCAGCUGAGAGCGAAUGUCUACAGCCCUUUCCAGACUGAGACAUCACCGAGGCCUCCAUGUCACCUGCACCAUGUGUGCACGCACGUACGCAGAGAAAAUAGCGAUGAAUGAUGCUGCUCCAAUUUGAGGAAUGUGUAUUUGAGCAGAGGGAGUGGUCAGUGAUGGAUGUUGCAGCAUACUCUCACACAUUUUCUGAUUUACAUAAGCUGUUCAGUUUUCUCUCCCUGAGAAUGUGACUUUUUUUUUUUUUUCUCCUUCCCCCUCCUCUCAUCACGUGUAUGAGUAAAAGAGUCAGACUUCCUCACCCCUGUUGUAAUCAGAGCCGGGAGAGGUUUUCUUUUGUGUAUUUAUUUUAUAGGUUGCAUUUUUAAAAUGAAGAGCAGGACGUGUGGAAUUCUACAAGUUUUAUAUCAAUAAAUGACUGAUUUUAUCAACACUACUCUGAUGAUGAGAUGGAUUAGGAAUAUUGCCUUUCGGUGAUUUGAUUGAUUACUCUGUGCUGACUCAGUGAUGUUAAUAAAUCAGUCACUGCUGUAUAAAUGUAUACUUGUAACGUGUUCAGCCUACAUUGUUUGUUUUAAUGGUGAUGAAUGCUGGGUUUCUGGAGGCACGUUGCAGCAAAUCUAAAAUUUUAACCAACACAGUUUUAUUUUCAGUUUAGACUAGUAUUAAAUGUGCAUCCAGAAACCCGUCUCGGUUGAAAAACGAGGUGCGUCACAUCUCCACCAUGACUAAUGUAAAAUCUUUUUCUUUCAAGCUUGAAAAGCCUCCAUAAGUUUAGUACAAUGAUGAAUGUAUGGAGAAAAUGUGCAAGAUACAAAAACAGGACUAGGUGUCACAUUGCUCAGCCCAAAAGCUUAAUUUCUAAAGAAUAAUUUAAGGUCAGAUUUUAGAACCAACAUCUCCAAGCUGACUAAUUUAGGGUGCUGUUUAAUGAUCUAAAAGAAACCAAGUCCCUUACUCUACUCUGCAAUGUUGGAGAAAUCAAACUCUCUAAUGCAUGGACAGCAUUUCUGGGAGAGUUGCAUCACUGUCUUGACCUUCACUUAUCCUUUGUGAUCCUGACCUCACUGAACUGGAAGUGUUUAAUCUAUGGUACACCUGAAACUCCUCCUCUCCCUCUGAUGUGGUGAGGAUAUUGCUGCUGGAUUUUCUCCUGGAACUAAAGGGUCUCCAAAAGAAUGAGGAAUAAAUAAGGCACAAUAAUGAGCUUGUAUAGUUCACUACAGGACGCAUGGCCUGAGUGCUGCAUUAUAUUUAAUGUUGAGUGAUUCUCAUCCUGCUUAAGAGAUGGAUUUAAGUGACUUUUUCUAUCCAUGUGAUCACUACUAACUUCUGUGAUUUGCCACUUGUAUAAGAUGUAUUGUUGCUAUAGCUAUCAGUGUAUUACAUCGUUUUUGGGCUUUCUCUCCCCCCCCAAAGAAGAUAGCAUGCCACUAUUAACUGUGUAUAGGAUGAUGGCUCUGUGCUCAGCUUUUACAACCUGAUGCACUCAGCCAGCCCUUUAUGCAGGUUUUAAUAUCACCAGUUGCAGCACUUGUUAGUUUCAUAAACCAUGGGCUUACCCAACUGGUUAUUGCCAUUUCCAGUCUAGUCAUUUCAUUACUGUGUAACAAGUUCUUUGAACGUUAGAAAUCACACAGCAAUGACACGUGUAUGACGGUACAUAGCUUCUGAAUUUACUUCUGGUUGAUUUGGGGAAUAAAUGUAUUUUUCCAAUGCUUGACAA